GCAAAGCUUCUUCUUCCCCUUCUCGCGUUCCCCUUUUGGCUGGUACUUGUUUGCUGCUCUCUGUCGAUUCUGGAAGUUUCUAAUGGAUACCAGGAAGAAGAAUGAAGCGCAGAGCAAAGCUACGAAGAAGUUCCCGGCUGGAGUUCUUGGAGCGAACGCUAUGAUCGAAGGAGCUUCGAGCUUCAUUGGUAGCAUAGUUGAGAAAGGUAUUUCGGAAAACGAGUUAAUCAAGCCGUUGCGGCCGAUUCCGCCGCCUAGCCCCACCGUUCUGCCAUUCCCCGUCGCCCGCCACCGCGCGCAUGGGCCGUACUGGAAUGCUAUGACCAGCAAGAAGGGAGGGAAUGGGAAAGGCAGGAAUGACGAGGAAGGAGGAGGAGGAGAAGAAGAGGAGGAUAAUGAUCCUACUGAUUAUAACCCAAUUUCGGCUUUAGCGAAUCCGGUAGAGAGGAAGGAGAAGAAGGGUUUGGAUGUUAGUCGUUGGAAAGAGCUUGCGCGUGAGAGUUCGCCGGACGAGGGCAAGGUGCAAGAGAAUAGAUUUCGCUACAAGGGUACCAAAAAGCUGAAGAAGGAUGGAAAAGGAGGUGGAAAUGUUAAUAGCAAGUCCGCUGUAGGUAAUGAGGCGCCAGUGGAAGUAGACUUGGUGCCCGUUAGGAGUUCUUCGGUUCCCGCAACUGAAGUGGAUGAGCCUUCCUUGUCUGGUGAAGUUGAUUUCACAGGAGAGCAGCCUCCGAGAGUGAAGAAGAGAAAUCCUGUGAUCUCGGAAAAGCUGAGGAAGCAGGAGCAAGGAACUUCAAAUGGAGCUCCUAGUUCUAUAUUGAAUGAUACUGGAGUUGCGCAAAGGUCUAUGUCACUUGAGAGUGAGAUCGAUGUGGAGAAUCGUGCUCGGUUACAGAAUAUGUCAUCUGGAGAGAUUGCAGAAGCACAGGCUGAGAUAAUGGAGAAGAUGAAUCCGUCACUGCUGAACUUACUGAAAAAGAGAGGUCAACAAAAAUUGAAGCAGCAGAAUGUUUCAGACUUAGAUGUGGCGAUAAAAAGUCAAUCUGCUAAUGGUUCAUCGAUCAAAGAUUCAAGUGCUCAUUCACGUGUAGCAAAUGAUCGUCCUAAUCAUAACCGGAAUAAUGAAAAUCCAGAAACACCUAGCGGCACUACUUCAUGGAAUGCUUGGAGUGACAGAGUGGAGGCUGCUAGGGGAGUAAGAUUUUCUUAUGAGGGGAAUGUCAUCCCUGCAGAUUUUGAGACUGGUAACAUACCCAAUGAUGCUGGCCAAGCUGAUAGUUUAGCAGAACGUGACUACCUACGAACCGAUGGGGACCCUGGAGCUGCUGGUUACUCGAUUAAAGAAGCUGUGCAAUUGACGAGAAGUGUGAUACCAGGACAACGCGGCCUUGCAUUGAAUCUCCUUGCAUCUGUGCUUAAUAAAGCAAUACAUAAUAUUCGACAGAAGGAGGUUGGGAGUACUGCAAGCAGUGCUGAGCAAGUAGACAAGUUAACUAUUGAUUGGGAGGCUAUUUGGGCUUAUGCCCUUGGCCCUGAACCUGAGCUUGUCUUCGCUUUAAGAAUUUGUCUUGAUGACAACCAUAGUUCAGUGGUUUUAGCAUGCGCAAGAGUUAUUCAGUGUGUGCUCAGUUAUGACUUGAAUGAGAGUUUCUUCCAGACAUCAGAGAAAAUAGGAACUUAUGACAAGGAUCUCUUCACUGCCCCUGUAUUUCGAAGCAAACCAGAGAUCGAUGGGGGUUGCCUUCAUGGUGGUUUUUGGAAGUAUAGUGCAAAACCUUAUAAUCUUAAAGCUUAUGCUGAGGAAAUGAUGGACGAUGGAAAUGAAGAGGAACCGACCCUUAAGGAUGAUAUCUUUGUUGCUGGCCAAGACGUAGCAGCUGGUUUGGUUAGGAUGGAUAUUAUUCCUAGGAUGCGAUACCUUUUGGAGGCCAAUCCUACAGAUGCUUUGGAAGAAUGCAUAAUGUCUAUACUCGUUGCAUUAGCAAGGCAUUCUCCAACAUGUGCAGCGAUCAUUAUGAACUGCCAAGGUCUUGUUAGGACCGUUGUUGAAAGAUUUGGGAUGGACAGCACUAUGAAUAUUCGCCCUUCAAAGAUCAAGUCAAUUAGGCUUAUGAAGGUGUUAGCUCAAUCAGAAAAGAAAAACUGUUUGCACUUCAUAAACGAUGGGUCUUUCUCUGCUAUGACACGAUACCUCUAUUGGUACACUUCCUCCCUUGAUGAAUGGGUGAAGUCAGGCAAGGAGAAUUGUGAGCUUUCAUCUGCUUUGAAGGUUGAACAGCUGCAGUUUUGGAAAGUGUGCAUCAAUUAUGGGUUUUGUAUAUCGGAUUUCCCCGAUAUCUUUCCAGCCCUGUGUUUUUGGUUGAAUCCAUCUAGUUUCGAGAAACUAGUGGAGAAAAAUGUUGUCAGUGAAUUUGCUUCCAUUGCAAAGGAGGCAUACCUUGUCUUGGAAGCUCUGGCUAGAAAACUCCCAAACUUUUAUUCCCAGAAACAGCAGCCGCACAGUGGAAGCUCAGACGAGCAUGAAUCUUGGUCAUGGAACUAUGUCACUCCAGUUGUUGAUUUAGCAUUAAAAUGGAUGAAGUCGAAAACUGAUCCAUGCAUUUCUGAACUCUUUGAGUCGGCGAAAGGAGUGAAGGCUGAGACUGAUUUCCAGGAUUCAUCAUUGAGUUCUUUGCUGUCUGUGUACUCUGCUGUCAUGCAUAUGCUUUGUACUUUACUUCUUAGAGUGAAACCAGACAACACCAGAAGUCCGGAAUAUAAUAUCCGACAUGUACCCUGGCUUCCAGAGUUUGUUCCUAAGGUUGGACUUGAACUCAUACAAAACGGGUUCUUGGGACAAGAAGAGAAUGUUGGAGGUAUUAGCUCUUUCGUAAUGGAACUGUGUAGAUUGAGACAACAGAACCAAGAAAUAUCAUUAGCUUCUGUGUCUUGUCUAAAUGCCAUACUACUACUUGUACGUUCCAUUGAUGCCUUGAUCCAGUCAGCCAAGAGCAGGAUCGAUCAACCCACUUCCCAAGGACACAGCUCCUCAAGAGAAGGGAAACUGCUUGAAGAAGGAAUGUUGAAGACAUCUAUGAUUGAGCUAAGAUAUCUGCUUGAUACAUUUACUAAGUUUGUUGCUCAAGAAUGGGAGCUUGUGCAAUCGGUCGAGGUAUUUGGUAGAGGAGGAACUGCCCCCGGAGUGGGACUUGGAUGGGGUGCCUCUGGUGGAGGAUUUUGGUCAUUGGCUGUUCUUUUGGCUCAGGCUGAUGCAAAAUUGCUAAUCAAUUUGCUUGAAGUCGUAUCCAGCAUAGAUUUGGUGGCGGAUAGAGAAAUGACAUCCACAGCUCACAGAAUUAAUUCUGUGCUAAGAGUAUGCUUAACUGUUGGACCUAGAGAUACAGACACUGCAGAAAAGGCGAUCAAUACUUUACUCCAAGUACAAGUUCUUAAAUAUCUUAAUGUCUGUACUCAACGUUCGUUUCAGUCAAACAAGGGAGGAACACGCUCUUUGUUGUGGCAAUAUACUGAAGAGGAGUAUCAGCGGUUCAGCAAGACACUAUCUUCUCACUUUAGAAGCAGAUGGUUAUCUGAGAAGAAGAAAUCCAAACCUCUAGAUGGAAAUAAGUCAACUAGUAAAAGAGCUUCUUUGGAGACCAUUCAUGAAGAGGACAUCGGUACAUCGACUUCAUUUACCAUUGAGUGGGCUCGCCAGAGACUGCCUCUUCCAAUGCAUUGGUUUUUGAGUCCAAUCUCUGAGAAGAAAGAAUCAACCGAUGAUGCGCUUGAAGUCGUCAAGUCCGGCCUCUUCUUUCUUCUCAGCUUAGAAGCAAUGUGUAGUCUUCUACCUAAUGAUGCCAAGUGUCCUGUUCGAGACACACCUUUGGCCUGGAAGUUGCAUUCUUUGUCAGCUGCAUUACUUUUCCGAAUGGAUGUGCUGGACGAUGACAGGAGUAAAGACAUUUUCGAAGUCUUGCAGAAUCUCUAUGGUCAGGUUCUUGAUGAAAGUAGGAAGGAUACACCCGUGGAAUCUCUGAGGUUCAAAUCAGAGAUUGUUGAUAUCUACACCACGUUUCUGGAAGCUCUUGUGGACAAGUUUGCUUCCGACUCUUAUGGUGAUAUAAUUUUUGGUAGACAGAUUGCUAUUUAUCUACAUCGUUGCACUGAAACUCCUGUCAGACUUGCUGCCUGGACUGUUCUAAGCAAUGCUCGUGUUCUUGAGAUUCUGCCACCACUGGACAAGUGCGUUGGAAGGCCAGAAGGCUACCUUGAACCUGUCGAGAACAAUGAAGCUGUUCUUCAAGGUUAUGUGAAGUCAUGGGUUUCUGGUGCUCUAGACCGAUCUGCAACCAGGGGAUCUAUGGCGUUUACCCUGGUUCUUCACCAUCUUUCAUCUCUUAUCUUCCUACCUUGUGCCGAGGAUCGUAUAGUUCUGAGGAACAAGCUUGCUCAGUCUCUCAUCCGCGACUACUCGCAGAAACCAAAACACGAGGUUAUGAUGCUGGAGCUGAUACAGUAUAACUUCCCAUCAACAUCUCCCUCGCCGGAGAGGCCGGAUGAUGAUCAGAACGACGAGUGCAGCCGAAUGGCGAAGAGAUUCGAGGUGCUUGCAGAAGCUUGUGAUUCAAACUCCUCCCUACUCUCUGAAGUGGAGAAGCUGAAGUCUGCUUUUGCUAUGAAACGGAUUAUGCCUUCCAGCUAG